ACAGGGAAUCCGGAAGAGAAACCUGAGCCACGGCACGUCCUGAGAACCGUAUUUCAUCCUCUGCCCUGCCGCAGCUGCAGUCCUCCCCGGUCUCUCAUCCCACGAAGAGGCUGAGCCCUGGGCAGAGCUGCUGCUGCUGGUACCCGAGCGAGAACCCGCGUCGAGCUGUCAUGGGGAGUGGAAUGAGCAAGGUGGUUAAAGGUCUCUACCUUGGGAACAUCCGGGAUUCUGAGGACAAAGAAAAUUUGGCAAGAAACGGGGUCACCCACAUCCUGUCUGUGCAUAACAACGCCAAGCCUGUGCUGGAGGACGUGACGUACCUCUGCAUAUCGGCGUCGGAUUCGUCCGCUCAGAACCUGAUACAGCAUUUUAAGGAGUGCAUCAAAUUUAUUCACGAAUGCCGGCUGCAUGGGGGAGGCUGUCUCAUUCACUGCCUGGCUGGGGUUUCCCGCAGCACCACCAUCCUGGUGGCGUACCUCAUGACCGUGACGGACCUCAGCUGGGAAGAGUGUCUGGCGGCCACCAGAGCGGUCCGCUCCUACGUGAGCCCCAACUUCGGCUUUCCUGCUGUAUGUGCACUUAGCUGGGUGGUGCUCAAAGGCUCCCAUUUCCUGGGUGACACAAUGGGGCCAUGAAAGUGCAUGUGCAUGUUGUGUCGUUGGCCCUUCCCUCUCGUGCGGAGAAGAGUAGGUUCAGAUAACCAGGCAGGAGCUGCAGGAGACGGUGCAUGAAGCUCUAUUAUUCCUUCAGGAAAAAGGAGGCAUGAAAGGCCAUUCAUGACCCAUGGUUGCUGCAUUCACACAGUGACAGCUUUUUAAGGGUGUAGACCAGGGACUGGCAACCAUGUAGGAGCAGUGGGCCAGAUCAGUGCAGCUCUGAAGGUGGGUCACACUCCCUUUGCCAGCCCAUACUGCACAAUUGCCACUGGGUGGGCCGGAUCCAGCCUGCAUGCUGUAGGUUGCCAACCCCUCGUGUAGGUAGAUGUAACACUUGUAUCUCUAUGGAGUGAUACUGGUGUAAGGUAGUAGGGUGCAACUGUUAGGUCUGCAUGCUCCAUCCCAGUGGCAGCAAAACCAAUGCAACUUGAAUUCCUUUCAGGCUUCAAGUUGCAGUGGUUUAGCUCACCUGUAUCAGUAAUGGAUCAAGCAGACAUAACUAUGCCACUGUAGCAGAAAAUGCAUGUUCUCCAAAGGCAACUCCCCCACUUUUCAAAGCAUGUGGAAGUUAGGCUGUUGACAGAUGAGCCUCAGCUGUGCACACCUGCUGGGUAUCAUGCCUAUAUGACUCACGGUCACCCAUUGCUUUGUGACAAACCAGAAGGUUCAACUACUGAGCAAACGCGGACACGAAUUUUGCUUCUGGCUUCCACAUGUGCCCAUGGCUUUUCCAGGGUUCUUCUGCAAUCAUAGCGGUUGCCUAAGUUGCACCCAUGAUAGACCGAUGCAGUGUCAUCCUGGCUGGGCAUCCAAAAUGAACCAGGGACUUUUAUGCCCACCUUUUUUUAGAGGGUCCCUUCAUGUGCGUGACCAAAAUUGGCCAGCUUUGCAUUCAUGCAGUCGUUCGCGGAUUGUGCCAGUGCCAAAUUCUGGCAGAAGUGUGGGUUUGUGCAGGUUAUGAUUCCUGGGGAUUUAGUCUUUUGUGCAAUAAUAAUAAUAAAAAGCCCAAACACAUGGCGAGUGAAUUGAAGAGGACUGGCUGAGUACUUGGUGGUAUCACUUUCUGGUGAGCCCUGUUAGUGGGUUAUGGGAGUGACUCGUGAAAAUCCAGCAUGCACUGCAAAUUUCACAGCACAUGGAGCUUGAGUAUAAUUCCAGGAGACAUAUUAAUCCUUCCCUAGAGCAACCAGGGACUGGGCAAAGCCUGUGCGGGAGACAGCCAGAACUAAGACAGUGGGAGUGGGUAUUAAGGGUCUUGCCAGGCAGGGCUGUGGUGCUUUGGAGCCUUGGACAGGGUCCCCUAUAAGCAGAGCCUCACCUGAAAGCAAAUCUCCCACCUCCAGAAAGACUCACUUUUAGGGAGAGAUGCAUCCUCCCACAAAUGAAACAGAGGGCGAGGAAUUCGCAGGAAGUCGGAAAGCUCCACCACUGCCUGGGCAUGCCAGUCUCUGAUCUACGAGAUGGGGGCUUUUGCAGGGAGAAGACUAGGCUAAAUAGCUCUAACACACGCACACACUUUCAUAGUCCAUCUGCAUCUGGCAUGCAGUGUUGAGCUGGAAUACAUGUCUCUGCACACUGAGGUGGAGGAUCUGCCGGCGGGUGCUUGCAGGAUCAUGGGGCAUCUCUCUUGGAACAAUGCUUUCCUUGCCUGAAUGUUCCCUGUUGGGGCUGAGCAUCUCCAAGGCAGAGAUGCUCCUCAGGUGGCCCUAGUAUGCUCCAUGCCAAGUCCCUGGGUACCUGCAGGGGAUUUUUUUCUCCUUUCUGAAGGAGCCCUUGUGCCAGCAUGUGAUACUGCUCUGAAUGUCAGCCGCUUCCCAUCCAGCCCUGGAUUCUGUGUAGGCCAACUUCCUUCCUUCUCGGGGCUGCUGGAUGCUGGGGUGAGGUCAGGUCCUUCUGAGCCAGCACUGGGUGGGAUGGGGUGGGCUGCGGUGUCACAUGAUGAGCAGCAGCCUGACAGUCACCAGCCCCGAUACUUCUGCAGGAAGUCAACCCGAUUACAAAACGCACUCCUCCGUGGAGAUUCCCUGCGGGGCUUCCCCUGUGUGCACGGCCCCCGCUGGGCUGCAGGGACUGGGAGGCACUUGGCAGGACCCAGCCGAGUCCCAGCAGGUCAAGGCGAAAGGGAGAGCCACACAGGAAAGUUGCUGCGGUGGAGAAUCCUCCAAGUUCAGCCAGGUUUGCCAGCUUCGAUCAGCGGAUGUCAUGAGUCAGCUCCCCCCACCCGCCUCCACCCCCAAUCUUUGGCUUAAACAUCCUGAGAUCCCACAUGCUUUGUCUCUGCCUUUGGUCACACCCCGGUCCCUGUUUCCAGCUUUCCUCAACAACAUGAGAGUGAGAAACUCCUACACACAGAGAAUAUAUA